UCUUAGUGAAACAGCUAUAUAGGAUAAUAGUGUACAUGAUAUGCUUUCUUGGAUAUGGAAAAGUGAUUAUUUUAACAAUAAUGUUCAUGUAAAGAGGACCAAUAAGGUAAUGUGUCUGAUGUGAAUAUUAUGAGGACAAAUGGAGAAAAAAAAAUUCUUAUAGUAUUGUUAUUAAACUUGCUGUGUAGAAUGUUUUUGAGGUUGGAGAAAUUUUUACACGCUAUCAAUGCAUAGACUUGUUAUGUCAUAAUUUCCAUUGGAGAGAAUUUUACCUAUUUGUAUAUCGUUUGGAGAAAUUAAAAGGUUUAUGUCACUAUUCUUCUAGUUACUAGAGCAAGUGUUCCGAAAUUGGAGUUGGUUUUUGUUUUUUAACAAAAGAACGAGACUGCAAAAGCUGUGGAACAGAAACUUGAAAAGGCCAUGUCAGCUUAUGGAUUUGAGAUUGUUCAAACGCUCAUUGUGGACACUGAACCUGAUGAAUAUGUGAAAAGGGCUAUGAGCAAGAUAAAUGCCGCUGAAUCUAAUUAUUUGGCUGGGCUUGUUGUUGGGCUGAGGGACAGUGUGCUUGCUUUCUCUAUGAAUGUACCUGGGACUACGUCAAAGGAUUUCUUGGGCAUGGUUCUGGUGACUCAAUAUUUCGUCACAAUGAAAGAAAUUGGCGCAUUGUCGGAGUCGAACCCUGUUUUCAUCACACAUGGACCAGGUACUGUGAAAGACAUUGCUUCACAAAUUAGAGAUGGCCUCCUUCAAGUAAAUACCACUCAAAAUUAGUAACUUUAUCCCAGCAUAAUGUUGCACGAGUGGCUUUUCUAAUGGUAUAUGAAAUGAUUGGUGCUAGUAUCUUAGAUUGGUGUGGUGUGUAUACAUGGUGUUGGACUUGGCCAUAGUAUUGGAAAUAUUUUUUUAUAGUAUGAGACGUAUUUUUGGGGGCAUCCUCAGUCUGGUGUGAUAUGCUAUUUUGUAUACAUGGUGUUGAACUUGGCAGUUGGCAAUU